AUCCACUAAUAUUAUUUAUACACGGACGCCAUCUGGUGACAGACUGGAUUACUGCCUGGCUGGAGCAGAUUACGUGCGUUAAUGACGUUUAUUUUGAUCAGUCAGUUCAGUUGGCACAAGGUGCGCGCAACAGCUAACGUACUCUCCUCUUGUAUAUCAAAUAUAGUUUAGAGUUCCAGUCAGAUUUGUCGUUUAAAAUGACGCUGUUUAUGAACGCUUGCGCUUUCUUAGUCAAAGUCCUCACUCUCCCGCUGUACAUUGCAGAGGUGAUUGGAUUUUUCUCUUUCUACAAACGCGUCUUUCCUCUAAUCGUCUAUAAAAUGACAAUCUCCUACAACGACAAAAUGAAAGACAACAAAAGGGAACUAUUUAGAAACCUGGACAAGUUCUACCCCACGAAAGGCUCUCUGCGUAUCUUGGAGGUGGGCUGCGGAUCCGGGGCGAACUUCGAGCACUACCCGACGGGCUCCAGGAUCACAUGCACCGACCCCAACCCGCAUUUCCAAAAGUACCUGAAGAAAAGUAUGACCAAGAACGACCAACUCGUUUAUGACAGCUUCAUAGUGGCGUCGGGGGAGAAUCUAAAGGCGGUGGAGGACAACUCCGUGGAUGUUGUGGUGUGCACGCUGGUUCUGUGCUCAGUCCAGGAUUCACCGAAGGUUCUGCAAGAAGCAAAGAGAGUUCUGAGGCCUGGAGGAGCAUUUUUCUUCCUUGAACAUGUGGUGUCUGACCCCUCAAGCUGGACUUACUUUUUUCAACAUGUUCUUCAACCAUUCUGGUACUAUUUCGGUGAUGGCUGUGAGACGACCCGUGCUACUUGGAAGCACUUCGAGGCAGCUGGCUUCUCUGACCUGCAGCUACGUCACAUCCAAGCCCCGCUGUUUUUUAUGAUCAAACCACACAUUGUUGGUUAUGCAGUCAAAUAAUGAAAAUUAUUUUUGCCCCCAAAAAACUACCUUCAUUCAAAAUUUGUUAGUUUCACCUAUGCUGUUCGUAUGCAAGAGCAGUUUGUAUUAAACCAUUAAAAAGAAUGUUUUUGUUUAA